AUGGCUACGGAGAUUAGUGCCCGCGGCCACCAGCGUGCCAUUGGGCAUGAGGAGUACACCCUGUACAGCAGCCUGAGCGAGGAUGAGCUGGUCCAGAUGGCCAUCGAGCAGAGCCUGGCGGACAAGACGCGGGGCCCCACCCCUGUGGAGGCUGCUGCAUCUGCUCGGGCCAACCGCCAACCUGCCCACUUCUACCCGUGGACCAGGUCCACCGCGUCGCCCGAGAGCCCGUCAGCCCCCAAGGGCUUGUUCCAAGGGGUCAUGCAGAAAUACAAGAACACCCAGCCAGUAGACCCAGUACUGAACACCAUCAGGGCCGGUGAUGAGGAGGCCCUCAAGGCCAUGAUCAAGGCGGGGCAGAACCUGGCUGAGCCCAACAAAGAGGGCUGGCUGCCGCUGCACGAGGCCACCUACUACGGUCAGCUGGGCUGCCUGAAGAUCCUGCUUCAAGCAUAUCCCACAACCUUGGACCAGCGCACGCUGCAGGAAGAGACGGCCCUCUACCUAGCCACGUGCAGGGGCCACCUGGAUUGCCUCCUGUCACUGCUGCAGGCUGGGGCAGAGCCGGACAUCUCCAACAAAUCCCGAGAGACGCCCCUCUACAAAGCCUGUGAGCGCAAGAACGUGGAGGCCGUGCGGCUCCUGGUGCGGUACAACGCGGACACCAAUCACCGCUGCAACCGGGGCUGGACGGCGCUGCACGAGUCCGUCUCCCGCAACGACCUGGAGGUUAUGGAGAUCCUAGUGAGCGGGGGUGCCAAGGUGGAGGCCAAGAACGCGUAUGGCAUCACCCCGCUGUUCGUGGCCGCCCAGAGCGGGCAGCUGGAGGCCCUGAGGUUCCUGGCCAAGCAUGGCGCUGACAUCAACACGCAGGCCAGCGACAGCGCCUCGGCCCUCUACGAGGCCUGCAAGAACGAACACGAGGAGGUGGCCGAGUUCCUUCUGUCCCAGGGCGCCGACGCCAACAAGGCCAACAAGGAUGGCAUGCUGCCCCUACACGUGGCCGCCAAGAAGGGCAACUACAGAAUCGUGCAGAUGCUGCUGCCGGUGACCAGCCGCACGCGCGUGCGCCGCAGUGGCAUCAGCCCGCUGCACCUGGCGGCCGAGCGCAACCACGACGUGGUCCUGGAGGCGCUGCUGAGCGCGGGCUUCGACGUGAACGCGCCGCUGGCGCCCGAGCGCGCGCGCCUCUACGAGGACCGGCGCAGCUCCGCGCUCUACUUCGCUGUGGUCAACAACAACGUGCACGCCACCGAGCUGCUGCUGCUGGCCGGCGCCGACCCCAACCGCGACGUCCUCAACCCGCUGCUCGUGGCCAUCCGCCACGGCUGCCUGCGCACCAUGCAGCUGCUGCUGGACCACGGCGCCAACAUCGACGCCUACAUCACCACGCACCCCACCGCCUUCCCCGCCACCAUCAUGUUUGCCAUGAAGUGCCUGUCGCUGCUCAAGUUCCUCAUGGACCUCGGCUGCGAUGGCGAGCCCUGCUUCUCAUGCCUCUACGGCAACGGCCCGCAUCCGCCGGCCCCUGCGCGCUCCAACCGCUUCAAUGAUGCGCCCACAGCUGACAAGGCCCCAGGCGUGGUGCAGUUCUGCGAGAUCCUCUCGGCCCCGGAGGUGAGCCGCUGGGCGGGACCCAUCAUCGAUGUACUGCUGGACUAUGUGGGCAACGUGCAGCUCUGCUCCCGCCUGAAGGAGCACAUUGAGAGCUUCGAGGACUGGGCCAUCAUCAAGGAGAAGGCAGAACCUCCGAGACCCCUGGUGCACCUUUGCCGGCUGCAGGUGCGAAAGGCCAUUGGGAAAUACCGGAUAAAACUCCUGGACACGCUGCCACUACCUGGCAGGAUGAUCAGAUAUCUGAAGUAUGAGAGCACCCAGUAA